CAUUCAUACAACAGAAGGAGCCUGGCUGUUCCCAGAGACGUGUUGCACUUCACUCAUUUGUACCUGCUCAGUGGUGAGUUUGCAGUCAAGAAAUGGUUUCCGUCACAACUGAGAGCGUUACACGAGUAUUCAACAUCAUGGCCACCCAGGAGCUCACAGCCAGCCUGGCAAACCUCCACAAUAAUUCAGAAGUGCAUGGACUGAGUCCAUAUAAAUGUAUUAACCCAGAUCUAUGGAAAAGUCUACAGGAUUUUCAGCCUGGAUUUCUCUGGUUUCUGUUUAUUCUGGGAGCAAUAGAAAACUCCUUUGUUCUCACCGUCCUGUGCUUCCACAAGAGUCGCUGCACAGUAGCUGAAAUUUACCUGGCAAACAUGGCAUUUGCAGACCUCAUGUUAGUCUGUGCUUUACCUUUCUGGGCCAUUAAUAUGUCUAAUGGAUUUGAAUGGCCUUUUGGCCUGUUCCUCUGUAAAGCUGUCAACAUAAUGAGCAACAUGAACUUUUACUCCAGCAUUUAUUUCCUGACACUAGUGAGCAUCGACCGCUACCUGGCCUUGGUGAAAACCAUGUCCCUGGGACGGAUGCGAAGAACCGUGUGUGCUAAGUGGAACAGCUUUGUCAUCUGGAUGUGUGCGUUGCUCAUAUGUUCACCUACGCUGAUGUUCCGAAACUUACAGUAUUACAAAGAGGAAAACAUCACAGCCUGUCUUCUUGAUUACCCAGCCAGCUAUUGGCAGCCCGCAAACAACUGCUUGCUGAACAUUGUGGGCUUUGCGAUCCCACUCUGUGUGAUUACCUACUGCACUAUGCAAAUCAUCAAAGCCUUACGCAGUAGUGAGCUACAGAAAAUGAAGUUAGUCCAGACAGAGAGGAGAGCCACCACGCUGGUCCUUGCUGUGCUCUUGCUAUUCAUCAUUUGCUGGCUUCCAUUCCAGAUCAGCACAUUCAUAGACACCAUCUGUUACCUUGUACCCUCUUUCAAAUGCCUGGAGGAAGUCAAUGACAUACUGACCCAAAUAGCUACGUACUGUGCCUUCAGCAACAGCUGCCUGAACCCCAUCCUGUAUGUAAUUGUUGGGAAGCACUUCCAGAAGAAGGCUGCAGAAUUCUACAAGGACUUAUUCCCAAAGAGGUGCAGAAAAUCACGCUCUGCACAGAUGGAAAACUCCCUGGACACUUUAAGAACUUCCAUUUCAAGUGAAUAUCCAAGGAAAAAGUCUAUUUUCCCAUUACCACGAUAGCAUAAUUUGUUUAUUACAGGAAAAAAGCCUUCUAUGGUAUCAGUCUCCACUAGCAGCCAUCUGCUACUGGUCCACAGAACAAACACUCAGCAUUUGUGGGAAACCAAUGGUUAAUGGGAGUUCAAUAGAGAGGUCUGCUUCUAAUGCUAUUUUUCACCAUUGAAUCCUACAUUGUAUCAUUCUUACCUUUCCAGUCUGAAUAGUAUUUGAUGCAUGUAUGACUUGAAAGGUUUGCAUUUCUAAGGUGUAUAUUCACGUAUAUAGAGUCCUCUGAGUAGAAUCCCAGUACAGAAGACAUUGUCAGGAUUGUGCAACUACUUGUGGUACCCACAAUUUGUUAGUCUACAUUUUUGGUAAGAGAAGCUUGUAAUUUCUUGGUACAUGAAUACUGUAGGACUAGUAUUCAAAUGGAUUAUGUAUGGCCAUCUUCUUGGCUUUUACUUUUUCUGUUCAGACACCCAAAACUAUUUUGAUUGUUUCACUGAUAAGCUUUGCCUUUUUGCAACUGCUCUGCCCCUGAUAGUUAAAGGUUUACAUCAGCCUAUGUGUAUGGAAAGUAUCUCAGAAAAGAUCGUAAAGCAGUAGUAGAAGGAAGGCUGCAGCCAACUGCAUGGAGAUGGGUUUUCUUUGUCAUAGGAGAGCCUUUACACCUUCUGUACUGGGGUAAAAGCAUUCACUUACUCUGAGAGAGUGAAUGUUAUUUACAUUUAUACCUACACUUCAGCUUAGAGACUUCAUUUUUAAUAUUCACCCAUAGUAUUUGUAAAGUUAUUUAACACAAAAGCUCAGCACAACUGAUAUAAUCUCACAAGUCAAAGAAACUGAGAAUAUGAAGCAGAGCAUCACCUGAAUGCCUUAGAAAUCUAACUGAAGUUAGUGGAAGUCACACAGAAUCUCAAGGGCUGGAAGGGAUCUCGAAAGCUCAUCCAGUCCAAACCCCCUCCAGAGCAGGACCCAGAGUAGGUCACACAAUAAAUAUUUAUUUCCUUUGUGUAUCUUUUUCCAGGCCAGUUAUCAUUAACUUUGGUUUGCUCAUGUAAAUAGUAUACCAAUGAAUAUAAUAUACACCAAGGACAUUGCAGUUAAUAAAGCCGAGUGGUCAGUUCAGAUACUGUGAAUGAAAGCAGUAAGGAUUUUGGAGCAUGGCUGAUUUUAUUACCUCUGGUAUUCCUCAAAUCCAAACAUUAAGUAGGAGUUUAAGUCAUGGGAGGUGACAGGAUGGGCAUUUGCUCUGUAAAAGUAUUUACAAUGGGAAUAGAAUUAUUGAGACAAUAACAUUUUCAUAAACUGAAAUGUCUACAAACUGCUGUAACAUGUGACUUUCCUAAGUAAAAAUGCUCCGGAUGAUUUUUUGGUCUUGGACAUUUCUACUCAGGAACGGCCUUGUCAGGCUCUAAUAAUACCUGCAUUCUAUUAUUAGAGUAAAUCUGAGUGAUUUUAAAGCAACACAGCUUUUCCCCAAUUGGUCUGGGAUGUAAGUUAAGUUUACAUAGAAGAUAAACUCAAAGCACACUCAGUUGUUAGUAUGCAUCUUUACCUCUAGGGGUCUUAAUCAAAAACAGCAUUGGAGACAAUCUAAAGUCUUCUGAAGCUAACAGAACCUUUAUUCUUUUCAAAGCACUUAAGGUUGCAGCCUUAUAACCACCAAAGGAGAUGGAGAUUGGUGAUGUAAGUAAACUCAGGCUGCAACUGUAUGGUCGUUGUUCAUCAGAGGCUGAACGGAGCAAGAAAGUUCCAAUUAAGAUGGGAAAUUUGUAUUAAACUUUCAAAGAACUACACCCAAAGAUUCUCUAAAAGUGUGUGGGUAUGCUACAAAAACCACAGGAUUUAGAUCACUGGAGAUCAUUUAUAGAUAAUUUCCAUGAUUUUAAUAAUCCAGUAUAAUUCUGUCAUCAAUACUUCCAUUGUCCAUUCUUCGUGUUGUCUAAGGCACCCAUGCUGAAACACUGCAAGGCUUUGCAGUUCUCUCCAGUGUUAUCAAUCCUAUCUCAUUCAUGAGCAUGCUAAUCGCACAACCAUUAAACAAAGGGAACUCCAUAUAGAGGUUACUGAGACAAUGGAAGAGACUUUUGACUAUUUGGUACUGAAAAGUAACAUAUAGAAAUGUUAUUAUAUUAGUAUGACAUUAAUUUAAAUCAUGUAAAUACAUAGACACUUUGUUUUGCUCUGCAGUAAGCAAGUAUAACAAAAAAUAAACUGCUUUAAGAAAUGA